CAACAAGCAGAGUUGACUAGCAAUGAUAAUUUUCUUGAGCACAUGGAUGUUCUGCAGAUUGGCAGCAUCUCUAUUAAUCUCUCUUGUCUGGUUCUCACGCUUCCUUUGGUUUUUCAAGCCAAGGGCAACGAGACUACCCAUGUUUCCAAUGGCAGCAUGCUUGUUGAGGAAGAAGUGAUAGAGGUUCCAGCCCAAGAAAAGGAAGAGGAGCAUGAUAUCCUUUCGGAACAAAUUAUCUUUAACAAACCAGAUGAAAAUGUGGCUCGUCAUAUAAAGCCACUCUACAUUUCAGCGCACAUGGAUGGAGUUCCAGUGAAUCGAGUCCUUGUCGACAAUGGAGCAGCAGUCAACGUCAUACCUUAUUUUAUGCUGAGGAAUUUGGGUAAAAAUUCUAAGGACUUGGUUUAUACUGACGUAACCAUCAGUGAUUUCACAGGUGGUGUUAGCAAAUCAAAAGGAGUGCUACCGGUUGCACUUACUGUCGGCAGCAAGACGUCAAUGAGUGCUUUCUUUGUUGUAGACUCUUCUGCAACUUAUAAUGCAUUACUGGGACGUGAUUGGAUCCGUUCGAGUUGGUGUGUUCCAUUUUCUCUCCAUCAAAGACUCAUUUUUUGGAAUAGAGGCAAAACUGAGGUGGUCUAUGCUGACAACAGACCAUUCUUAGCCAAUUCCAAUAUGGUGGAAGCACGGUAUUAUGAUGAAGACGUAGGAACCAUCUGUUUCUUCGGCAUGGAUAGACAAGUAAGACCUCGUGGAAUCACUGCUUGCAACAAGCCUACCUUGGCUAAGUAUGUGGUUGACGAGGUAUGCAAUGAACUCUUGCGGCCUACUGCCAUUAUUCCAUAUAGGCCGCAAGAGGAGCUCAAAAUUGAAGAGUUAUUAUGAAGAAAUCCAGAAUAAACAAAGAAAGAAGGGAGGCCGUAUAUGAAAUUCUAAAGAAAUUAGCAGCCUAUUUUGCUGAAAGAAAUACAGAAGCAAAUCUAUC